AUGCAGAAAGAAGCUACGCUUGCUCUCUGCAUUGCGAUUCUGCUUUCGCAGUACCCAGACCAGGUUGUCAAACUUCCAAAAUACUCAUUGCCGACCUCCCAGUCAGCCAUCAGACUCACUCCGAACAAGUCUCUUGACUCUUUGGUGGACAAAUGUAUUACUUUGAGCUGUGCCGAAGACGGCAUAGAAUCGAUAUUGGGCGGCUCACUUCUUGAUCCGGGCGUGCCUUGCAAUUUGAUUGGAGCCUGGUUCCUUGGAAUUCGUCAAGCACUGUCAGACUGCGGAAGCCUCCAGAUCUUGGAAAAGCUCAUGGCGAAGAACGGAUCGACUAUAGCACCGCUGUGGAUGGCGGCGAUUUGGUGCGAGAAGACCGAGCAUAUCCUUGACCAUGUGGUUCUUGGAUAUUCACCGGUCAGCCUCCCGGUAUCCACUUGGAUCGGGAUCCCACAGUCUUUUAUUCAAUACGACUAUGUUUCCAGCGGACCGGAAGAGACGAUACCACGGGCCAACGAAUACCGUAUGACAUAUCUAGUGAACCCAUCGGCAUUACCGCCGAUGACACCAUAUCCCCCGUUGGGAUACACCCACAAGAAAUAUCUCAGCCUAGAAGUGCGCAGCCAUUUGAGCCAUGAUCACUAUUUGCAGAAUUACAGGAUGUUCUGGGCUGUACAGGACAAGGAAGAUAUUCUGGCGCAGUCGUUUGAACUUCCGCGCCGGACUUGCACUUUGGACCUUGUCGGAGAAUUGCCUCAAGUGAAGCCCGUCUUCCGCGCAGCGUAG